AUGACUCCCGUCAACAUUUUUCAAUUCUCUAUCAAAGACCAGAAGCACAGUUUCGAGCUCGAGAUCCCCCCCAGUGCGCAUGGUCACGUCCUCCACAUUUCUAUCGAUGGCACGACAAACAAGGGCACUGUCACGGUCUCGAAUAACACCGCCGUCCCUUAUGCCGAUCCUGAGCGACCACAUCCUGGUAACACCUCGCAUUGUCACGGCGAAACGGCGCUAGAUGAAUCGGUAAAAAAUUGGCGACCCUUCGGUGGUCAACAACCCACUGGCACUUCUAGCCGUGUCCCGGCAACUUACCAUACUAGUCGUAGCGUGUUCUUGCCGGGAAAGCGGGAUACCAAGGCCACAGAUCAGGAGCGCCCGUCUGGCGAGGACACCACUCGAUCUCCCCGACGUUAUCAUGGCAUUACAGUUUACCCGCCUACAAGCACCCUACCCAAGCAAUUCGCUUCCCCUUCUCGUCCUCGGGAUAACACUACUCUCAAGCCCGAUGGCUCCAACCGAUUUCACUCUUGCGGUCGGGAUGACCCUGAUUACGAUGCUGAGGAUAGCAUGCCGACAUGGGCUGAGUUGCGUGAGGUUUACCAUGGUUCGAAGGAGCAGAAGUGCACUAUCGUAGAUAAUGAUGAACCAGAUGGUUAUCCUGCCGACGACAUCAACGACGACCCUAACCAUCCCAGCAACCUUCCUGUUCCAUUUCAUCGACUUCCUCCCAGAGCAGCCGUAGACGGUGAUCUCCACCCUGAGAUGUUUGCCGUUCCCCUCGAAUUCCGUCAUAAGUACAACGCCCCGGCUGCGCGCAAUGGUGCCGGCAAGCAAUGGUGGGUGGUUGCCAAAGGGUACGAGAUUGGUGUUUUCUGCGACAAGUGGGUGUACAUUCAGGCGUUAACCUCAUCCAUCGGGUUUCAGAAGAAAGCCCAAUCGUGGAAGCAGGCCAUAGCGUUCUAUAAUGAAUACGAACGAUCAUCGAAAACGCAAAGGCUCAUUAAAUAA